CCAAAGCGAGGGAACCCCAGUCUGUGCCUGCGCUCCCGGAGGGUGGUGGCAGGGUGACCCACCCUGCCAAGCCUUACCUACCCCUAAGAGACAGGCUGUCCUCCGUCCCUGUCCCUCCCUCCAGAGGAACCCUCAACCUCCGAAAACCUCUGGGGGUGUUCCCCCAACGUUGGCAGUCAGCCAGCCUUUAGAGGCCAAGGAAAAGCUUUCCUGUGGGUGAAGGAAAGACGGAAAGAGGCCAGCCAUGUCGAACCUAAUGUACAAUAACAUGUGGCACCAGACCCAAGAAGCCCUCAAUUCUCUGCUUGACAAAGAGUCUCAGAAGAUGAUCGAACCACAAAAAAACAAGGUCCUAGUCUUUCAGAUGCUAGCCACCUUCUACAUAAAGUAUGUUCAGAUCUUCAGGAAUAUGGAGAACGUCUAUGACCAGAUAGUCCAUCCACAGAAACGCAUGCUGAUCCGAAAGAUCCUGGAUGGAGUGAUGGGUCGCAUCCUGGAACUGAAGAACGAGAUGGUGGAGCUGGAAAUGACAGAGUUCCAUUAUUUUGAUGAUAUCCUACAGGACAUGAAGCUGUCUCCUCAACAGUUGGAUGUCCCAAUACCCAGGUAUUUUCUGAAGGAGAGGCUGGAGGUCAUAAAAGGGAGAGAGAAGACCCUCGCUCGGAUCUUGGACGAAUGUGGAUUGAACCUCCCUGACGUGAAAUACGCCGUAAAGAGCAUAGCUUUGGAAGAGGCUGUUAAAAUGAUCCAGAUAGCCGAGCGGGCAAGGCAGGGCCGCCUCAGGGCCAUGUUCAUGAAGCAGAUCUUCCUCCAGGAGUGCAGAGCCAGGGAGAUGAAGCUGCUGGGACACAAACUCUCAGACACCACCUUGGCGGCGCUCCAGAUUCAGAAAGUUUGGCGAGGUUUCUAUCAAUGCAAGAAAACAGUGAGGGAGCGGGAAGAAGAGAUGAUAUUCCUGGGUAUGAAACCACCCCCUCUCUUCAACGAAGUCAGUGAUGCCGUCGUCCAGUCAGAACAAGUGUCAAAUCUGCGGGACGAGUUGCAGUUCAAACACGAGCAGAAGUACCAGGAAGCCUUAGUGACUAUCAAGGAGGACCUGCGGCUGUUGGAAGGCUCAGACAUCAGGGAGCACCUGCAGGACCAGAUCCGGCAGUGGUUCAUAGAAUGCAGGAAUCUGACGGGCACAUUCCCAGAAUACCCGAAUGAGGAAGAAGGGGGCUCAGCUGUCAUCUUUUCCAACAAGACCCCAGACCAGGUUAUCGAGGAUAUCAUAGCCGCCCAAGAGGAGGAAGAAAAAUCAAAAAAGAAAAAGAAGAAAGAAGAAAAGGAGAAUAAGGGCAAAAAAGCCAAAAAGGAGAAGGAGAGGAAGAAUGUCACGAAAGAGAAGGCUGCAAAGGAAGAAGAUGAGGAAUGGAAGAUGUCACCAAGUCUUUUCCUUCAAUUGAUGGAGGAAGGAAAUAGCUUAUACAAAGACAUGUGGAUGAAUAAAGAUGAAUCUUGGAAUUUCCCUCAGGACUAUGACCCAGAAUUGGUCAAGGAGGAAAAACGGAAGGAAUUAGAGCUGGAGAUAAGGGUUCAGGUGGACGAGCUGAUGAGACAGGAAUUGAAAAACCUUAAGCUGGCUGUGAACAGAGAGAUAGAACCCCAACCCCGGCUAAAGAAAGGGAAAAAGCAAAAUAAAGGGAGAAAAGGCCGGAGAGGGAAACGGGGAAAGAAGGACAAAGACCUGACGGCUGACAGGACCAUCGAGUCCCUGUACCAGGAGCUGGUUGAAGAAGGCCUGCUGAUCCAGGCUCUGAAGGUCAAACUCUCCGACUAUAUUGGUGAGUACAGCUACCUGGGGACGACUCUGCGUCAGGUUGCCAUAGAGCCCAUGCCAUCCCUCCUGGACGUCAGACAGCUCAUCACCCUGUAUGGAAUCUUGCCUCUGGGGUCCGCAGAAGUACAUGAGAGAGCUCCCUUGGUGAAGUCGCUGCUAUUGGCCGGACCCCCAGGGGUAGGGAAGAAAAUGCUGGUCCAUGCCAUCUGCACAGAAACAGGGGCUAACCUCUUCAACCUGUCUAGCUCAAACAUCGCCGGGAAGUACCCAGGCAAAACCGGCCUGCAGAUGAUGAUACACUUGGUCUUCAAGGUAGCUCGCCAGCUUCAGCCGUCCGUGGUGUGGAUCCAGGACACAGAGAAAACCUUCUACAAGAAAGUCCCGCAGGCCGAGAAACGGAAUGAGCCAAAACGCCUAAAAAAAUACCUCCCCAAACUCCUGAAGCUCCUGAGACCAGACGACAGGAUCCUGAUUGUGGGGACCACACACCGACCCUUCGAUGCCGAGCUUCAGUCCUUCUGCAGAGUUUACCAAAAGAUCAUUUUGGUUCCCAGACCCGACUAUGCCUCCAGAUACGUUCUGUGGAAACAAAUCAUUCUACGCAACGGAGGUGAGGUCACCAAUGCCCUGAACAUCAGUUGCCUGGCUAAAGUCACUGACGGCUUUACACAAGGACAGAUCGUCCAUGUGAUCAAAGAGGUGCUCACGGAGCGCAGAAUCCGGCACCAGGCUCACAAGCCACUCACUGCCAUCGAGUUUAUCACCAUGAUGACCAACAUGAACCCUGUGUACAGAGAGGAGGAAGAGAGUUUUAAGAACUGGUAUGCCAAAACCCCUCUGGGGAGAAAGCGAGUCUUGUCACUAACAGUUGGAGGCGGCAAAGAAAAGGAAAAGGACAAAGGAAAGAAAGGAAAGAAGGGCAAAAAGAAGAAGUAAUGUCUUCCUCAGCAGCCACCUCGAGCAACUUUGAGAUGGUGUCGGCCCCAGCUUGUCAGGGAGAGGCUCACCCCUGCCCACCUGGGGAAGCCCACCGAGAAGCUAAGAUGAGCAGCCACCCCAAGUCACUGUACCCUAACUCCCGUGUUCCGUUAUCCUUUAGGAGGCUGCACACCAAGCGAGAUGUCCUUACAGCCAUAUCCACUGCUUGCCACUGUUCCUUAGCUCAUGCCAAGUCUGUCUAUAUCACAUUUGCUUUCCGCACCUGCACUCUCCCCAGCUCUCACACUUGUCAGUAUUAGUUAGCACCAAGAUUACAACGUAUAGGGAGGUCUCUCCCACGGUGAGAGUACCUAAUUGUAUUGUUGGUACACUAGCUCUUUAGUAACCCAUAUGCACUGUAUAUUUUGUUGCACAUAUUUUAAUAAAUUAUUUGCUAUAGUCAUGAAUAUCACAUAA